UCGUCAGCUAUGUUUGAUGUGAAUGGCGAUCGAUAGUGCCGAUAAUCAUCUAGGAUGCCUGACCUACGCUUUUUUUGUAGUUGUUGAGAAAACACUGUUAAAAUUGCCGAGCGCGCAGACAGCAGAUUUGUAAGUGUAGAUCAAAUUUCGUGCGUGUGGAGGACGGUAGCUGCAAGCGCAGACUGAGUUUUGUGCGUGCGCACUAUACUGUAAAUGUGAAGAGGGACUCGAGCGCGCGCAGAGUUGAACUGUAAGUGUAAUAUAAAACCGGCCGGGAAUAAUGGCUGCAGAACAAGAGGCUGAAGAAACUGUUUCUCAAGAGCUGCACAGCCCCUCUGAGCUGAGGAUGGUGCUGCUUGGGAGUCGCUGGGAUGGGAAGAGUACAGCAGGGAACACCAUCCUAGGCAGAAAAGAGUUUAGAUCUGAAGCCAACGACUCUGCAGUAAUGAACAAGUGUGAGAAGAGACUGGGUAAAGUGGCUGGGAAACAGGUCACUGUGCUCAACACGCCAGACUUGUUUGACACAGACCAGCUCGAGAUUAAGAGCUGUGUUUCUCUGUCUGCCCCGGGACCCCACGUUUUCCUCCUGGUGAUACAGUUGCGCCCGAUAAGAAUAACAGAUAGUCCACUGUGGGGCUGGAAGAUUUUAUUACAUGAUGAUUUCAGAGCCUUGGAUAAAGUGCAGGAGCUGUUUGGUGAGAGAGCUAUGAAGAACACGAUGAUCCUUUUCACCCGCAGGGAUAAACUGGAAGGCAUGCCGAUCGAGCAGUACAUAGAGAAAGAAGACAAGGAGCUCCAGCAGCUUGUUGUGAAAUGUGGGAACAGGUAUCAUGUUCUUAACAAUAGCAACAUGAGUGAUCGCACACAGGUCACACAGCUCCUGGGCAAAAUAGACAACAUGGUGAAGGGAAAUGGAGGCUGCUAUCUCCAGAAUGAGAUUAACCAGGAAGUCGAAGCAAUGUUUAGACUGAAGGAACAGGAGCUGAAUGAGAAACACAAGGAGGAUCUGAGCAGGAAAGAAGAGGAGAUGAAACAGAAAUAUGAGGAGGAACAGAUUAGGAGAGAAGAGGAGAUGAAACAGAAAUAUGAGGAGGAACAGAGUAGGAGAGAAGAGGAGAUGAAACAGAAAUAUGAGGAGGAACAGAGGAGGAGAGAAGAGGAGCUCAAGGAGAGGUUCAAAAAGCAAAUGAUGGAAGAGGAGCUGGAGAAAGAGCCAGCGGUAACCAAGCUGCCUGUCAAGAGAAUACAGAGCUUUAACCUACAUCACCCCAAUUUGUCUGGAAGUGAAGGUGCGGCAAAAGAUAACCAAGCGUCUCCCAGUCUGUGUGAGCUGAGGAUGGUGCUGCUUGGGAAAACUGGGGCUGGAAAGAGUGCAGCAGGAAACAUCAUCCUGGGCAGAGAGGAGUUUAGAUCUGAAACCAGCUCCUCUGCAGUAACGAGGGAGUGUGAGAAGAGAAAAGGACAAGUGGUUGGGAGACGUGUUGCUGUGAUCGACACUCCAGAGCUCUCUCAGGACAAACUCCAGAUUAGGAGCUGUGUUUCUCUGUCUGCCCCGGGACCCCACGCUUUCCUCCUGGUGAUGCCGGUGGGGCGAUUCACAGAGGAAGAGAGGAGAGCAGUGGAGACAGUCCAGGAGAUAUUCUGUGAGGAGGCUGUGAGGAGGUACAUGAUGCUCCUUUUCACACACAGUGACAAACUGAAAGGCAAGACCAUUGAGGAUUAUAUUCAGACAGGCAGCAAGGAGUUGCAGCAGCUUGUUGAGAAAUGUGGGAACAGGUAUCAUGUUCUCAACAAUGAGGACAGGAGCGAUCGCACUCAGGUCACACAGCUCCUGGACAAGAUAGACAACAUGGUGAAGGGAAACAACUUCAGUUACUACACUAAUGAGAUAUACCAAGAAGCAGAAGAAAUUAUUACACAAAUACAAGAGGAGAUACUGGGGGAGAAGGAAGAACGACUGCUCAGAAUAGAAGAGGAACUGAAGGCAAAGCACCUGAAAGAACUGGAGAACCUGAACACAAAGAUGAGAUUGGAAAUCCAGAGAGGAGAAAAGAAGAUCAAAGACCUGGAAGAGAGGAUAGGAGCGCGGGAGGAAGAGGUGAGGAAAGAGACGAAUGAGGAGAAAAGAACAGAGCUGGAGGGAGAGCUGAGGAGAGAUCAAGAGGAGAGAGAAAGAGUGGCGCAAGAGAAAGAGAAGAGAAGGAGGGAGAGUGGGGAAUGUGAAGAGAAACACAGCAGAGAGAUGGAGGCAGUCAGGCAGCGCUACAGGGAAGAGGCGAGAGAAGAAACAGAGAAAUACAUUGAGCUUGUCAAGCAGAAUGAACUGGCAGAACAAGCCACAGCAGAAAGAACAGCCCACAGACCAGCGGUAUGGAUGUCUAUAGGAACAGUAGAAGGAAGAAUAAUCCAGUUCUUUUGUGGAGAGUGAGGUCUUGCUCACACACAAUACAAUACCAUGAGUACAUGUCAGUUUAUAUUGAGGAUUCUGGCAGCGCAGCCUCCAGUUUUCUUCUUCCAGCUGGAUUAUGUCUGUACUGGUAUCCUGCAGAGGUGUAAUUCACAUUGGGGCAAGAUAGUGGUGCAAUCGGCACCAUCAUUUUAUAUCUGAUUAUUGUAAAGACAUUUAUCAACGAUAAUCGAUACAUUGACGUUUAUUUUUCAAAAUAAAGAACAAACAUUCGUUUUUUUUUUUUUUUAACAGAAGAUCCAAUAAGUAAAAACACUGGUGUGCAUAGUAGUUAAAUAAAAAGGCACAACUUACAUUCAAAUUAGAACACUUCCGAUUAUAAAAAAAAAGAAAUAAAAAUGACUUGAGUUUAACACUGAAAAGAAUAUGCAUCCAGAUGUCCCUUUAACAUUAUAAUAAUAAUAAAAAAAUACUAUAUUUGAAUUAAUCUCACAAAUCCUGACUAAUUUAAAUAUCAUACUAAAUUCAGCUUCUUUUUAUAUAAUAUUGCCAUAUAAUCCAAACACAACAUGCUUUGAAACAAAAAGAAGGUAAUUGGUAGAUUUAAACAAACAAACAAAAAAAACGUAUUGCCUCAAUUUUUAAAUCAAGAAAAUGUGAAUACAAUAUGCCUACUUCUGAUUAAGCAUGUCUAACGUGAAUGUAGAGGCCUAAAGUGUGUAUCCUAGCAACGUGGUAAUCUACUGUACUAGCACUAAAAAAAGCGCACUCACACCCUCAAGGUUUCAAUGCAAACCGGCAACAGGAGACUUCAAACUGGGUUCUAAUUUGAUGCAUCGAUUCACCAAUACGUAAUUGAAGCUUGGGAAAUUUAAGGACAGAUGAUCAAUGCAUUGAUUAAUUAUCGCACUCCCAGGGCCAGAGAGGGAUACCUUUUCAUUAAUGCUGGAUUGUUAAUGACCACACAAAUAUAUAUGCUAAGCAAGGCCGAACUGGCCAAAAAAAUAUUCAGACUUUCAAUUACCCUAUAGUUCAAUAUCCUUAGUUUUCUUGGUCGUUGCUAACACUAAUGCAUGCAGAUUGCAUUAUUUUACAAAUUAUUAAAUUCACACAAAUUAGUUUAAUUACUGCAGUGUGUGCUUUACCACUGGUUUAGAUGUGAACUGUAUAUUGCAUUGCAGUAUGUAUAUAUUGUGUAUAACUUGUACAGUGUAGCUGUGGAGUAGUGGUUAGGGCUCGGGACUCUUGACUGGAAGGUUGUGGGUUCAAUCCCAGGUGGGAGACACUGCUGCUGUACCCGUGAGCAAGGUACUUUACCUAGAUUGCUCCAGUAAAAACGCAACUGUAUGAAUGGGUAAUUGUAUGUAAAAAUAAUGUGAUAUCUUGUAAGUCAUCCUGGAUAAGGGCGUCUGUUAAGAAAUAAAUAAUAAUAACAAUGAUAAUAAUAAUAAU